CGGACGGUCAACGGUUUCGUAGACCUGUCUCGACUGAAACACAUCCAGUUCGUGACUUUUCCCCGGAACGAGCGCGACUGCCGCGCGAACUCCCGUGCACGUUCAAGUUGCAUUCUCGAUCUUAAUACGGUGCAUUAACGCUGUAGUUGCAUUUAUGGCAUUAUUUACUGUGACGUCAUUAAUGCAUUCAUAAUGUGUGCUGAUUGAAGUUGAUUUCGUUUUAAUUGGAUUACAUGAAAUGGAAAGGAAAAGGAAUAUUGUUAUAAUCAUAAAAUAAGUUGUAAACGUGAAAUAAGUUAACACUGUGGAAUUCUGAGUGGGACUGUGCCUGACCUGCUCAAGCAUGUUCCGACCGACAUUAUUCCGCGGCCUGAGCGUCGACUCAGCUGAUGUAACCAACUAUGAAAUUGCCAGAAGCCGGCGUGCGUCGCUCUCCGCAGAGCAGCGGCGGAAACUGAGCAUGCUCAGGACGUCGAGCAUCCCAGCACCGUUGAGUCCGGUGAGCCACAUUUACCAUUUGGUACCCUGCCCGAGAAAAUGCUGUUAUCAGAAAUACGUGGUCAGUACGGACCGGAGUGGCGAUAUACAUGUUCAUGUACAGGGUGACUUGAGUCAACAAGACAAGAGAUGUGUGUUCCUCACGGUCCAUGAUCUCGGCACUAAUCACACGUCUAUGGUGGACUUCGUGACAUGUCCAGCCAUGAGUGAGAUAAAGGAGCGCUCGUGUUUCAUACACGUCGACGUGCCGGGACACGAGGAGAAUUCCCCGGAUUUGCCUGACUCCUACCAGUUCCCAUCACUACAGACACUAGGAGAAGAUAUCAUUACUGUUUUGGAUUUCCUCCAUGUCCGAUACGCUGUCGGGCUUGGCGAAGGUGCUGGCGCUAACGUCCUCGCCCGCUGUGGACUGGCUCACCCUCGCAGGCUCCUGGGCCUGAUCCUGGUGAAUUGUACCGCCUCCACAUCCUCAGUAUCGGACGCCUUUCGCAGCAGGUUCUCCCGCUGGAAGGGUACGGAUAUUUCACAGUCUGAAGAAGAUUUCCUAAUCUACCACAAGUUUGGACAUCAAAUCUCAAGUGAUUCGUUCGAGGCAGGCGAGCGGGACCGCAUGCUCACCGAGUACAGGUCUCGUCUUCGAGGGAACCUGAACACUCACAAUAUAAAACAAUACGUGAAGGCGUUCAUCAAUCGUAAAGAUCUCCUAUUGAAGGGCUGUCAGCCAGAUAUUCUUCUAAUCACGGGCAUGCUCAGCCCUUACUCCGGAGUCGUGGAGAAGAUGUACAAGGAGUUGGAUAAAGAAAAGGUUACCAUAUUGAAGGUGGAUCGAGUAGGUGACGUGCUGGCUGAAGCUCCAGCCAAGGUCUCCCAGUCCUUACUCUUGUUCUGUCAAGGACAAGGCCUGCUGACGUCACUACCGCCCCCGGGGAUCGAAAGGCGCAUGUCACGGGCUAUGUCCAUGGAGGAGUACGACAAGCCGAAUAUCAGAAGAUUGUCCCUGACUCCAAGUGUCUCGGAUUCUCCACCACCGAGGAAAUUGUAGACCAUGUGUGCAGCCUGCUCUAUAAAGGAGUAGGCUUAAUAUUAUAUUGUUUCACUAAAAGUGGCUUUAUAUUUGUUUGAAUGUCGUGAUAUGACGCGUCAGAACGGUAUCUGUUUAGUAUAUUUAGUAUGGUAACGUUCAUACUAGUACGCUUAAUGUGUUGUGAUGGCUUCUGUUAUUCCUCAUAAGAAACGAUCCCGGUAGAGUCAGAGCGGAGAUAUGUGUGAUGAGGCCAUUAUGACACGUCAGACAAAUGUAAGAAAUGUGUUGUGAUGGCUUCCGUUAUGCUUCAUAAGAAACGAUCCCGGUAGAGUGAGAGUGAAGGUAUGUGUGAAGAGGCCAUCAUGACAUGUCGGACAAAUGUAAGAAAUGUGUUGUGAUGGCUUCUGUUGUGCUUCAUAAGAAACGAUCCCGGUAGAGUCAGAGCGGAGGGACGUGUGAAGAGGCCGUCAUGACACGUCAGACAAAAGUAAGAAAAGUGUUGUGAUGGCUUCUGUUGUGCUUCAUAAGAAACGAUCCCGGUAGAGUCAGAGCGGAGGGACGUGUGAA